CUGCCAAAUACAAUAUCAUUAUUUACAUUGCUGUAUAGCAUAUUGAUCAAUAUCAUUCCCAAAAUGCACCUCUCAGGACCCUCCCUGGUCUUGGUCGCCACGGGCAUCGUUGGCUCGACAUGGCUCUCCGGAGCCAUCAUAUCUUUUUCGAUUGGUGGAGCGCCAGCUGCUGCCGCAAUGAAACAAUCGUCCGCCAAAAUCUGGGCUGAGCUGUACAAGCGCGGGGCGGCUUCGAUGCCAAAGUUCGCCAUUGGCACUUCUCUGGCGUACCUAUUCGCAGCGUACGACUCUUAUCGUAGCGAAGGAUCAUGGGGGAGCUACCUGGGAGCUGCUGGUUGCGUUUUGUCCAUUAUUCCCUUCACCUUGACAAUUAUGAAAGACGUCAAUGGGCAAUUGCAUGAAGAGGCUCUUAAAGAAGACAGCGGGGAGGCGCAAGUGACCACAAUCCAAGUCGAGGGCCUUCUGGAUCGAUGGAUUACUCUGAACUUGAUUAGAGGCCUCUUGCCGCUCGCAGGAACUGCCUUGGGCUGCUUCGCAUUUCACCGCGAUGGGUUCUAAUGCACUCGUACAUUUUUAUGGAGCCAUUGAUAAUCACUCAGCAAAUGAGGUGAUACAAGACGUUGAUAUGCCACCAGGGUACAUCAACACUAGUUUCAGUUCUGUCAAGGCAUGGAUCACAAAUCGGAGGCUAUGAACAUGAUGGCUCUAUUUUGUUUCCAAGCUUUAUGCUUCACUGCCUUUAACCAUCGGUGAUUUUACAUUGCACUGGUUACACUGCUCAUGCACUCAUGCACCAGGUAAUUUAUUUCAGUCACACAGUCAAGGUGACAGAUUGGCCACCCAGCAUGGAAACACCAGAAUCAGGAAAUAAUGACACCGCAUUGUACG